GUCUGACUCCAUUAGUUAUUCCCCCAUGGGGCCAAGGGGUGCGUGCCCCAGAGCGGCUCCAGGGAACAGCCAGUAACUGGUUACUCCUCCCCAUCCUAGCUCGUUAGAAAAGCCUCACCCCCAUUAUCUGCUUCUUUGUUCGGUUUUAACUCAGAAGCUAUUCAUCAGUCAUAAAAGCGGCGGUUGGCCUCGGGGGGACUCGGUACCUUCAACACUAACUAGAGCGGUAGCUAAAGAGUUACUUACCUGGGUAGAGUUGAUAUACCACCGAGCCAUGGGUCGGGAAAGCUCUAGGCUCUUAUCGACCGACAACGACUUAUUAAACCCUCGAGACUAUUCGGUAUUCAAAUUGGAUAUCAAAUACCACAGCCAACCAACCCUGCAUGGAGUUUAACAGGCGAAGAGCGAUAAAAAGCAAAUAUCAAUGUGAUCUGUGGAUUCCCAGCAUUUAAGUAACUCACCAUGAUACAACCAAUGUUGUUCUAUACAUCUACUUUUCGAUAAGCCAACCAGAGGAGCGUCUCUACCACUCAAAGGGCAGACAAUGUUGUCCCUUUGGGUCCCAAUUCCAGUACCAUGACACGCCCUUUCAGCCAUGAGGAGAAAAGGGGGGGAAUCCUAUCUCGAAAAAUCCUGCUGCCGCCUCCUCUCUGCUUCGUGCAGAUUGAAACUCCAGCUGCAUCGUUAGCUGCGCGUGUACUCCAUGAGCUGAGAAGUAGCUGGAACCACAUAUGUAGCGACAUUUCAAACCAUCUGGUUAUCGGUUUUCUUUUCCCUGCUGUCGUUUUACGGUGCAUGGCGUACGGGAACACCACGGGAAAAUCAUACCUUACUCUCAGGCCAGGCUUCCGCUGUUUGCUUUUUUAAACUGACUAUUCUGGCCCUUCUCACGCGCUUCCAGUCUCUCGCCCUCUGGAUCGAUGGCUUGCAAAGCAUGGCCCUGCCUUGGCCAUUCUCGCAGUGGGCGGCCACCUGUGCUGCCCUUGUCCUACGCUUCCGUUGGCGGUGGCUUUCUGUCUCUUUGCUUCUUCCUCUGCCUCCUCCGUGUGUGUCUCUUCUUUGAGCUUGCGGAUACACACAGGCCAUGGCAUCAAAGAUGCAACAAACUCUUGCCUUGCCCUACGGGCUGUGAUGUCGCUAUGCCCUUCUCCUCAAGUCAGUUACUUCUGUGGGAGAAAGUAACUAAGCGUCUAGGCGCAGAUCGAGGAUCAGGUCAAACAAAGAAGAAGUCUAUCACAUCCUCUUCGCCUCCUGAUGCUUUUAGUCUGGCUCUUCUGACUUCCCGGCAGCCUUUCCGUCCUUAUCUAGCUACCUAUCCAACUCCAUGUACUCGGAAUAGAUGGAGGUUACAGUAUCACGGGUACCCCUAGCGAGGAAGCUAAGAAGAAAAAGACGAGCAGAGGGCAAGAGAAAAAAAGAAAAUAUUGUCCUUCUCCAUGAAAAGUCGA